CGUUCUGGAGGUGACUGGUUUUUCCUGCCUUUCCGUUUUUCGUCCUUCUCAACACAUGUCAGGCAACAAGUCCAUAAAGCCGGAUCACUCGGCAGAGCUGCUUGAUUUCCCAUCGCGCUCAGAAGCAAUAGCGAAAUUGCUUUCAGAUACCACAGAGUCUUUACAAAAGCCCAGCACAGACACUGCUCCUCCUACAAUACCCCCACCUGAACUCAGGAAAACUUUCAAGAUGCCAGUGAAGAGUGAUCUCAUGGCACGGUUGCAGACAUUUUUACCGGAGUUGGAGUCUGCCAACCGACAACUUGACCAGCAGGUUUCUGUAGACCCAAAGAAAGUUGAUAUUGAAAACGUGGAUGAUAACGAGCAAUACAUUGAGAUGAAUUUGGGAUUGGGAGUAUUUGAGGAAAAGAAGCCAUCAGCUUCUUCUUCAGACGAAGAAAGCGAGGUUGAUGAGAGCAUUAUCAUCAAUCCCUUUUCGGCUGCCGUUGCAGAUAAGAAUCCAGGUAUUACUCUCAUGGAUCAAGAUCAGUCUGAGGAUGAGGACAGUGCUAGUGAUGAGAGUGCAGAAAGCUGCAGCUAAAUUUAUAUUAGACAUUAAGAUAACCAAUUAACUGUAUAUAAAGCAAGGAUAAAGAGCCAAGGCGAUUGAAAAAAAUUAUAAUGUUG